AUGUCUUCAAAGGUCCUUGAUAUGAAUUUCGCCGAGAAUCCAAUAUCAAAACAAAGCAAUUCUCCAGUUUAUAGUAUUUUGCAGCACGAGGAGCGCGAGGUAUCUUAUCUUCCAGUCAGUCCCAAUUUAUUAAAUUUCGCUGACAAAGCUUUAAACCAGAAAUACAUCCAAACCUUGUACACAUGCAAAGAUGAAAUUUCAAAGCCUUCUGCAGAGUUUAAAAGCAAUUUAUUGAUGUUUUACCUAUUUUUGUCAAUAUAUAUAGUCAUACUGAUUACAACUGCUUUAUUACUACAUUCAGAAGGAAAUCUGUCAGAUAUUCAGCUGGUUUUCCACCUAAUUUGCUUAGGUGGGAUAACUUUGGUUUCGUAUAUCUGGCUGAUCUGUAUAUAUAAAAAACAAUGGUUUCUUAUGAAAAACAGAGUAUUUUUUUUGAUGCUGGGCUUGGCUUUUUUGAGUUAUUUGAUAGUGGGAGAUCACCGAGUUUUAUCAGAAAUUACAGAUUCUAAUCAUACUAGCAGCCGCCUGCCGACAUCGAUAGGUAUUGUGUGUUUUUUGGUUUUGAUGAGGCUAGUUCUAUUUGAAUGCUUUUACUAUUUAGUAAUCUUAGCAACUUAUGCUUUAAUUUUAUUUUUAGGACUAGAAGUUGGCUAUUCCCGACUAUCAACAUACUCCACUCUAAGUGAAUUUUCACUUAUCGCAUUAUUUUUUGUGCUCCAAAUCCUCGACUCUCAAAAAAUUGAUUUCAGAACUCGGCAGCUGUUCUGAAGAAAAGAAAAAGAAGAAGAAGGCAUCGAGCACGAUCUAAAAGUUGAUGAAAACACCAAUAAACCUGACAUUAAAUCAGAAACUGAAAUCCUUAUAAGUUCAUGCGACAAAAUAAAGCAAGAGCUUAAAUAUGCCUACCAUGUCAUCAUAUUUAAAGACGUCAAAAAAAGACUAAAACAGACCAUGGGAUUAAUAGAAAAAGUCAAAAGGAGAAUCGCUCACGGAUCAUUUUUUGACGAUGUAAAAAUAGAAACCCAUAUGAAUAUUGAUGAGCAGGAUAAAGCAUUUAUCAGAGAAAAUUACAUGAAUGUCACUAUUGAAAGCACAAGAGACCGCAAUAAUGAACGAAAAGUAACAAUGAGCGAUAUAACAGAAAAGGAAACCGAUUUUCCUUUUCAUAGCUACGGAGUCGCUGAGCUGGAAAGCGUGCUUUUUUCUGUUGGAAAAAACUGGAAUUUUGAUAUCUGGUUUGUAUAUAAUACAACUGGACAUAGCAUUUUUAUUAUAGCAAAAUAUUUUUUUAAAAAGUGAAAUUUAAUUGAGGCUUUUAACAUACCAGAAGACGUAUGUGACAAGUAUUUCCAGACAUUGGAAAAAGUAAUAGCUAUUUAGGGGUAUAACCAUAAUCCAUAUCACAAUGCGUGCCAUGCUGCUGAUGUGCUGCACACAUUCCUACAUAUAAACAUUAAUUAAUAAGAUUUAACCUUCGUUUAAUGUCAAAUACCGCAUCACCUGCACGGGCUUCCAUCCCUGCUUCGGGGUUCCCUGCUCCACCACAUCGUGUGGCCGCCUGGCUUCACUACUGAAUGGCCCCUAGACUUUGGGCGUUCGGAUUCUGAAUGCUAUCCAUCCAGCUCCCAGGCUUCGACGCAGGCUGCCUGCACAAAAAUUCCCAAAAAUGGAAUUUCUAGCCGACUAUCGGCAAAAGGUCCAACUUAAAGCCCAAGGUGUGAUUCUUGAUUUCGCGCUAGGAAGUUGCCCGAAGGAUCAAAAGACGCUGCUGCUGGCUUCCUCUUUCCAAUACUAGUCCUUUCCUUUCCCACGAGGUAAAUCCACUCCUGAAAAGGGACUUUGAUAAGGUUGCCGGAAGCUUACCUGAUAUUGCUGUCCAUUUCUUGAUUUGCAAAACCUUGCAAGAUAUAAUUAAAUAUGUGCUCGAGGCUGCGUGAUCGUGAGGCAAUGCCCGGGCCAAGACACCGUAUUUAAUUAUAGUCAGUGAAACUGACUGGCACGGGGUGCUUUUGGCUCGAAACUGAGCCAAAAGCACCCCGUGCCAGUCAUCACUAACUAUAUAAAGUGCUGCACACUCUUUUAUUUUUUUAUUUUAAUGGAGAAUUCCUCAGAAAUUUGAGCCCGCUUGACACAAUUUCUUCUUUAGUUGCAUCAUUAGGCCACGAUGUAGGGGUUUCGGCGAACAAAAAACCUCAUAGUUUUUAUCUUGCUGCCUUUUUACAGUCAAAAAUGACGAGGUUUUUUUCAGGAAAAAAUCUCAGGGUUUUUCCUGAUACCCCAGAUGUAGGUCAUCCAGGACUGACAAAUAGAUUCUUAGUAAACAAUAGAGACGAAAUAGCAAUCCAAUAUAAUGACAUAAGUGUAUUAGAAAACAUGCAUUGUUUUAAGAUUUUUAGUAUUAUGGGAAAAACAGGCUGCAAUAUUUUUGAAAAAUUAUCUAGUGAUGACUGGGUUAAAUCGAGAAAAUUAAUAAUUGAAAUGGUCCUUGAAACUGACAUGUCAAGACAUUUUGAGAUUCUGGGGAGGUUCAGAACUAGAGCUUUAAGUCUUUCUGAUCUAAAUUUGGACAAUCAAGAUGACAAAACACUAAUUUUGGCGAUGGGGCUGAAAUGUGCAGAUAUAGGGCACAGUGCAAAAAUUAAAGAAUUGCAUGAAAAAUGGACAGAUUUAGUAUGCGAAGAAUUUUAUAAACAAGGAGAUAUUGAAAGGUCAAGAAGGCAGCCGAUUUCUAUGUACUGUGACAGAGAAAACGCUGAUAUCCCUAAAAGCCAAGCUGGAUUUUUGAAAAAUAUUUGUAUUCCGCUGUUUGAUGUAUGAUGCCAGUUUUUAAGGUCAGAUACAAUUACAAGGUCAUGCUUGGACCAAAUGAAAGCGAAUUAUAAUCAUUGGGAGGAUAAAGGAAAAGCUAGAAGAUCGACAGUUGGAUACAGCAGUGCAGUGUCUAAAUCUUUUGAAGUCGAAAAGCGGCAAAUUCUAGGGACUUCUGAUAUUGCAAUUAAAAGAAAGCAGUCAGACGCUAGCAACAGUUAA